GCUGUGUGCUUCAUCUCCUCAGGCAGAUCCCAAUUUCUUCUAUUUCUCAGAUCAGAUCGUUUCGAAGGGGAAAGCUGAAGGGCGAGAGCAAGGAAUCAGCGAGAGCGAGAUGGCGUCAGGAUGGGGCAUAUCGGGGAACAAGGGCCGGUGCUAUGACUUCUGGAACGAAUUCAGCGAGUGCAUGUCGCGCUGCCGGGAGCCAAAGGAGUGCACUUUCCUCCGGGAGGACUACUUCGAAUGCCUCCACCACGCCAAAGAGUUUAAACGGAGAAACAGAAUUUACAAAGAGGAGCAGCGACAGAUAAGAGCUGCUGCAAGAAAGGCAAAGGAGGAAGCAGAAGGGGUCAAAGAUAGUAGUCACCACUAGCAGUUGAUCAUAAACAUCCCAUUCAAAUCUGGUGGAUCAGAUAUGUUGGAUGUGUUUUUUUUUUUUUUUUUGUAUCUUGACGCUUUGUCGAUUUGAAGAACUGUGGCCUGUUACCCUUGAAGAACCUCUGGGAUUCAUUUGUGGCAAACCAAGAAAAUAAUACCUUUUGUAGGAAAACUAUUUUGUUCCAGUUUGAAGGUUUAUGCCUUGCUAAGAAGUUUACAUUGUUGGCUGAUAAGCCAUUCCAAGA